GUAAUAAAUCUUUCAUCAGGUCCUCAUGUGUUUGGGGCCUAACACGCUGCUCAUGUUACACUUUUUGCUUUUCAGUCAUUUCCCAGCAUGCUCUGGGGAAUCUAACACUUCUAACACAUUACACCAGCUUCUCUGCUGCAGACAUUCCUCAAUCUGAACUCAGAUGCAGGAGCAGGAUUAUGUAACAUCUGGACAAACAUGGGCCUCCUUAAAGUUUCGUCAGUGUCACUCAAAGGAGGGGACUCGUCAGACAGCUGCAGCUUUAACCUGACGCUGUGUGGUCCAGCUCUAAGUUUAGACAGCGGUCAUUCAAACCUGCACCUUCAGCUCAGCUUUCUCAGCAGAAAGGUUCAUGUUAUCUGGGAUCUGAAAACGAUCAUUGCUUGGCUUCUGAUGGUUUUCUGUUAAAUAGUUGUUUGAUAAAAAUCAGUCGUUGUUUAUGGUCAACCUGAAUCCCCACAGGCGCUCUGCCAUUGGACGCUUUAAAGUGUAGCUGGUUUCCCCUCGUUAUUUCCUCUGUGGCUGCUUCUGUUACUUCCUUGAACUGUUUGUGUUUCAGCCAGAAGUGGCUGCAACUACUCUAUUAGACACAGCACACAUGAACGUUACUGGUUCUUACACCUGCCUUCAUCGUUUGGCUGCUCGGGAACCUGCUCGUCCAGUCACUGGUAGACUCAUUUAUUCAUUCGGUUGAGUCGUUGUGAAGACCACAACAGCCAUAAGUGACAGAGUUGGUUGUGUCACGUUUGACGUGGAGUCAUGUGACUGACUGGACCACGUGACCCUGCUGGAGAUGCCAUAAUAGCCAGAGCAGUGACCGAGGCAUUGUUGUCUGUGGCCUGGUACCAGCGAACACGCUGAAGAUGUCACCUCCACUCAUUAAAGGAAACUCCUCUUACUUUCUUUCCUGCUCAGCUGCUCUUUUUUUGUCUGGUAAACUGGAAAUGAAAGCUUCAUUCCUCUGCCUCGAUGCUCCACUGACUUCCUGUGGCAGCUUUUCAAAGUGGCUGUCAAAACGAAGCUGAAAGCACGUGUCCAGCUGCAGAGAAGACGAGACGCCUGAUGACAGACUCACAUGGAGGGCAGACAGGAGGCAUGACAGAGGAGAAAUGUCCCCAGCUGGUGGACUACUUUGUAGUGGCAGGUCUCAAUCCUGAUGGUCCCUGGAAGCCGCUGGACGACGAUGGCAAGAGCUCGUCCACCUCCUCCUCUUCCUCAUCGUCGUUGGCCCGGGCAGUGGAGCCGGUGACGGACCUGGCGGUGAUCGCCCGGGGGCUCGGAGAGGAAGUGCCCGAGGGCUUCACUUGCAUCGAAAAGACACUGGGCGGCCACUCGGCCGAGCUGAGCGCCGGCCUCAUCAACAACCCGCACCUGUACCUGUGCUACCGCCGAGGACGGGACAAACCACCCAUACUGGACCUGGGGGUCCUGUAUGAGGGCAAGGAGCAGCUGAAACAGGGCUGGUACGUCAUUGAGACCACGCCUUACAGUCGCUCGGCCAGCCUGAGCUCCGGAGGCGCCCCCGCGGCGCAUCGGGUCUUUCUGACGUACCGCCGAGCUCUGGACUCGCAGGGGCUCCACACACUGGGCAUCACCGACAUCGCCCUGCUGCUCCCCGGCAAAGCAGAGGUGGCGCCACACACCUUCUGUCGCGUGGAGAAGAACCUCAACACUGGCAUGUGGGGUCCAGCUCUGUACGUGUGCUACAAACGCGCCGUGGCCAAGGCCAACGCGCUGGUCUACGAAGCCAGUCUGAUCAGCCGGUACCCGGAGGAAGACCUGGAAGCGUUUCCUCUGCCGGAGUCGGUGCCGGUCUUCUGUCUGCCCAUGGGCGUCACCGUGGAGAGCUGGCCUCUAAAUGCCAAGUACCAGCUGCCUGUCUUCUCCACCUUCGUCUUCACCUCCGCCUCCGGAGACAAGGUUUACGGCGCAGCCAUCCAGUUCUACGAGGCCUUCCCCAGGGACCUGCUGUCAGAACGGCAGUGUGUGAGGCUGGGGUUGCUCAGCGUGGUGGACCGGCGGCCCAUCACCAACCGCAGCCUGCAGGCCAAGAAGAGCAUCUGCGUCCUGUCCCACUGGCCCUUCUUCACCGUCUUCCAGAAGUUCCUCACCUUCGUCUACAGAUACUCGAUCUCCGGACCCCACGUGCUGCCGAUCGAGAAACACAUCUCCAGCUUCAUGCACAACGUCCCGUUUCCUUCUCCCCAGCGCCCUCGGAUCCUCGUUCAGCUCUCUCCAUACGACAACCUGCUGCUCUGCCAGCCGGUCUCAUCUCCGCUCCCGCUCAGUGGAGCGAGCUUCCUGAAGCUGCUGCAGAACCUCGGCCCGGAGAACACGUGCACGCUGCUGCUCGCCAUCCUCACUGAACAUAAGCUGCUGCUACACUCGCUCCGGCCCGACGUCCUGACCUCCGUCAGCGAGGCACUGGUCUCCAUAAGUUUUCCCCUGCGCUGGCUCUGCCCCUACAUCCCACUGUGUCCGCUGCAGAUGGCCGACGUGCUACUGGCGCCGAUGCCCUUCAUCGUCGGCGUGCAUUCCAGCUACUUUGACCUGUACGACCCUCCAACCGAUGUGGUGUGUGUCGACCUGGACACCAACACCAUCUUCCAGUCAGAUGACAAGAAGCCGUUGUCAUGGCGAUCAUUACCCAGGAAGCACAGCAAGAUUCUGUUCAACACCCUCACCAGCCUUCACAAGACCCUGGAGAAGAUCUGCUCCCCUGGUCAGGAGGACGCCACACUGGAGUUUCUGCUCACGGACUAUGAUCAGAUCUACAGACGCCAGAAGCAGUUGGAGCUGGAGAUCCAGGAGGCGUUUCUGCGCUUCAUGAGCUGCCUGCUGCGAGGAUACCGAAGCUUCCUGCUGCCCAUCACGCAGGCGCCUUCGGACAGAGCCACCGACUGCAGCUCGCUUUUUAACCUGCAGGGUUUUCUGAAGUCUCGGGAUCGAACGCAGCAGAAGUUUUACAGCCAGCUGACCAGAACCCAGAUGUUCACCCAGUUCAUCGAGGAGUGCUCCUUCGUCAGCGAGCGCCACGCCUGCCUCGAGUUCUUCGAUGAGUGCGUCCAAAAGGUGGAUGUGGAGAAGCCAGAGGACGUGAGGCUCAUUGACCUGGAUGAGACCCACAGUGGGGAACACACGGUAUUCAUCAUGCCUCCAGAAGAACCGCAGGAAGCGGAUGGGUCCGAGUGCCCCGCCCUGUACAGCUACGACACCUUCCCCACCGUGAAGCCCGAGCUCUUUGACCGACCCCAGGACCAGCUCCGAGUCCCGGCUAAGGGCAGUGCCCCCAGCAGCCCGGCCCCCCGUCGUACCAAACAGGAAAUGAAGUUGGCCCAGAAGCGAGCUCAGAAGUACUCAUCCGUACCCGACAUGUGGUCCAAGUGCCUGCUGGGCCACUGCUACGGCCUCUGGUUCAUCUACCUGCCCACCUUUGUUCGGGCAGAAAGCUCAAAGGUUCGCGCCUUGCACACGGCCUACGACGUCCUCAAACACAUGGAGAACCGCAAGGUGGUGAUGCCCGACGAGGUGUGUUACCGGAUCCUGAUGCAGCUGUGUGGUCAGUACGGGCAGCCGGUCCUCGCCGUCCGCGUCCUGCUGGAGAUGAAGAAAGCAGGAAUCACCCCCAACACCAUUACCUACGCGUACUACAAUAAGGCAGUGCUGGAGAGCAAGUGGCCGUCCACCAACCAGGGCGGACGACUCCGCUGGGCCAAGCUGAGGAACGUCCUGCUGGCCGUGGCCCAGUUCAGGCAGCCAAUCAAACGCCGCCCGCAGAGUGGCUCAGUGGGGUUACGAGCAGAAGUGAUGGUGGAGCCCGAUCAGAGACUCCGUCCUCACUCGACUCUGAUUCGUCAGUCCAGUUGGAGUGGUCUGAGUGAAAGCUCCAGUCACGAGUCGCUGAGCAUCCUGCUGGUGAAGAGCAACAGUCUCAGCAGCAUGAAGGCGUCAACCAACAUGGCCAGUGUCGCUAAAAAGGCCAACGGCUGCUCCAGUAAACCGCCGCUGGGGCGCCGGGACGCCUCCACCCCCCCCUCAGCAGCCCCGGGCGGUGGUGGCCUGGUGCGGCGGAGUCAGGUCUGCCUCUCCACCUUCUACGCCGACUGUGCAGAGCCAGGAAACGAGCUGGACUGCAGCUGUCAGUCUGCACAGAGGGACAGCAGACCAGCGGGAACUCGUGACUCAACGGCUAGAAACAAAGGUCUAGACGAGAACUGCAACAACGUGUCAUCUCCCAGCCGAGGAGGUCUGGCAGGGAAACUCCAGCAGCUCCUUACUCCAACCAGGCACAGGGUGUCUGUGCGCCGAGCUGCCAGUGUGGACGAGCGGCAGCCUCGAGGAGGAGGAGGAGGAGGUAUAGGACGAAGAGUGUCAGAGCAGAGACAGUCCCGAAAAGCUCAGGUUGCUGAAACGCUGCUGAAAGCCAAGGACAAGCUGGUCAGCGCCACCUCCGAGAGUUCGUUGUCUGUGGGAAGCGACCUGGAGCUGAUGGACGCACCGAGCCCAGCGUGUCCUCAGCGCCGAUCCUGGGACGCCGGUCAGGAAGGAGCUGGUCUGGAGGUGCUGAUGUCCAGCUGCUCUCUGUGCCGCAGCUGCAACUCGUUGGUGUAUGACGAGGAGAUCAUGGCCGGAUGGACGUCCGAUGACUCCAACCUGAACUCAUCCUGCCCGUUUUGCUGCGCCUCCUUCGUCCCCUUCCUCAACGCUGAGAUCUGUGACCUCUGCCCCGUCAGCAGCACCGGGAACAUGGAUGACGAGGUGGAGAGCGCGGUGAGACCCCCCAGUGUUCACGAGGCCUCGCUACGACAACAGUGCAAUGGCGUGAGCGACGACUCCAGCUCUGAGACCAGCAGCUACUCGGAGAACAGCAGAACCACCACGAUGUCCUCAGUGGGCGGAGCUCCUCAGGUGACGGUGGCCUACCUGAGUCCUCUGGUUCUGAGAAAGGAGCUGGAGAGCCUACUGGAGAACGAGGGCGAGGCGGUUCUGGCUCAGCCUCAGUUCCUAGACAGUCACUCCAUCAUCUUCUGGAACCUGGUGUGGUACUUCCAGCGCCUCGCUCUGCCCAGCAACCUGCUGCAGCUGGUGCGAGCCUCGCCGCUGGCCAGCAACUUUGCGCCGCUGUCACAGUCGGAGAACUCAGCCGUGAGGGCGCGGCUCCUCUGGGACACCCUGACCCCCGACACUGACCAGUGGCCCCCCCUCUACAUCCUCUGGAGGAUCCAUAGUGGCGUCCCCAUGAGGAGCUACAGCUGGCGGAGACACAACCACCCGUUCACCCUAUCCUUCCUGGAGGAGGUGCUGCGGUGGGUUGGCAUGAACGAGGUGCACAAGGCCGUCACGCUCUUCCUGGACACGCUGGCCAAACAGCCAGGAUCCCCACGGAUACAGAGGAGUCUGUACAGAGAGUUCCUCUUCCUCACGCUGGCAGCGAUGGGCAAAGACCAUGUUGCUGCGUUCGAUAAGAAGUACAAGGCGGCGUACACACGGCUCAGCGGAACUCUGGGCCGCGACGAGCUCCGCAGGAAGCGGGCUCAGCCUCCCAGCCCCAAAGCCGUGGACUGCAGGCGCAGCUUCCACCCGCCUCUCGAGUGCUGAUCCUCCUGAAGCCGACGUGUUCACCUCCCCAAUGCCUCGCGUGGACGUUGGGCCUCGCUCCUUCCUCUUCCUCUGUUUGCUUUGUCCGUGUGAAUCCAGCCGCUCUUUGUCUCAGUGAAGACCCUGACAGUUGUUGUGGCAGCAGAUGAAGACAGGUUCAGAUGAGUAGAGUCUCUGAGCCCAGAUCAGGCUGCAGAUGCUUCCUCUGAGGCCAAGUGACCAGUGGAAGCUUGUUUCUGUCAGAGGACAAGGUCCAGAAUGUUUAGGAGGCCGGAGAAACACUGGGGUCUCCUGGAGGCCGAGGUCACCUGGUUGUGUUAGAAUCCAGUGACACAAAAGGAAAAAAACGAGCUGCUGAGCACGGAUCCAGUUUUUUCCUCAACCAAAGUGGGGGAAUCCUAUGAGGAGCCUGCUUGGGCCCAUGCGCAGCAACAACCUACUGUUGGUACCUGCUUGUUUGAGUCCAGACUCGGGUUUUACAGAGAACUUAAAUGUUAAAAAGUCCUCUGUGGAAAUUCAGAACGAUUAAAAAGCUGCAUCCUCAUUAAUGUAGUAACUCCUUUAAACGUCUGCAUGACUACGUUAAAUUCAGAGUUAGCGAUUCUACAAGCUUAUUACAUUAUCCAGGAUUUAUGCUUUUAUUUUUAAAGGUGUGCUGAUCCUAAUUGAAACUCAACUAAAACAUUAUGUUUCAGGAUCUUAAAUAGGGGAGAUGCAUGCGGCUGCAGGAUUUCAGGCAUCGCUGCAAUAGACUGUCCAUGAAACCAAUCAUCCAAUUAUUUUAUCCUUGUAGUCAUAAUGACGACAUGCGACAGGUUCGAGAGUCAACUCAGACUUUGCUUCACUUCAUGACUACUGAACAAUUUUGUGUUUGGAGUCUAAAACUGUAAAGCCCACUUUGAGCUCUGCUUCAGCUUGCAGCAGCGCCUUUAGCAUUGUGACGUCACAGUGUCCUGACCACGCCCAGAACGCGCCUGACCACAGUGAAGCUUUGACCACUAGUGUGGUGGAUACUGUCAAAUGUUUUUGUUAAUCAGAGGUCACACAUCACUUACCUAGAAGGUUAAUGUUUAGCAAAACAAAUAAACAUUUGAACAGCAGGGGUUUCCGUGCUGGACAGCUGAGCGUCAUGGUGCCAAAUACUCUGUAGUCCCGAUGAGUGAAAUUGAAUGGCAGUUCCAGACAAACCCUUUUUUACGAGACGACGAAGAGGAUCAGGAAUCAGUGAAGGACGUUUAGCAUCACAGAGAAAACCCAGCACUGACAUUAGGUUCGAUGUUCGAGAGAGGAGCGUAUUUAACUGUGUGUUGUAAUUUAUAAAUGGCUGUGAUCUCGGUUGUAAAUGUUUUUUUACGAAAACAAAUAAAAAAACGAGGAAGCG